AUGCCUUUUUCACUCCAUAGUCACUCCGGUCAAUUCUGCAAACACGCGAAAGGAGAGCUCGAGGAGGUCGUCCAAGAGGCCAUCAGAAGAAAAUUCUUAGUUUAUGGUUUAUCAGAGCAUUGCCCUAGGUACAGGGUCCAGGAUUUGUAUCCUGAGGAGUCACAUCUCCAACCAUCCGAUCUCGCUAAAACUUUUUCCGAAUUCGUCCUCGAAGCUCGUCGUCUCCAACUAAAAUACAAAUCCAAGAUCACACUAUUAGUGGGAUUAGAAUCUGAAAACAUUACCGACUCUUCUACUUCCGAAAUAAUUGACCUUGUUUCGAAACACGAUUUAGAUUACGUGGUUGGUUCGGUACACCAUGUUCACGAGACGCCAAUUGAUUUUGAUCGAGAAACCUUUGAGGUAGCACUCUCAAAAUAUAGUCCGAAUUACCCGCUUUCCGACUAUUCCGUCUCAGAUAACGCCUCCAUAAAUGAUCCCAUCUCAUCUUAUCCGAAAUCUCCCGAAGAAUCUUUAUUCAUCUCGUACUUUGAUUCUCAAUAUCAAAUUUUACAACACCUUAGGCCAAUGAUCGUCGGUCAUUUUGAUGUCAUCCGAAUUUAUAGACCAAAAUAUAAGUUGACAGAUUUGAUCUGGCAGAGGAUCGAGAGAAAUGUCGAAUUCGUUAUUGGAUAUGGUGGACUGUUUGAAAUUAAUUCUGCGGGAUUCAAAUAUUUCGAUGAUGCCUAUCCUUUGAGAGAUAUUUUUGAACUAAUAAUUCGAAAAGGUGGUAAAUUCACCAUCUCCGAUGAUAGUCACGGACCAUCGAUG